CGGUACGUUUCGUCGCGUCGUUCCGCGCGCGUUACCGGUUUCGCCGUCGCCCGCUUCUGUCCAUCUAUCCGUUCAUCCGUCCGUCCGCAAAUCUUGAAUCGCGAGAGAGAGAGAAUCUUAUCCGCGCGAUCUUGUCGCGAGCGACGGUUCCUUCGAAGCAUAUCCCCGCAGACGAUGCCGCGCAUAUACAACCUCCGGAGUCCAAACACACUCGGAAAAACGCGUGGCGAAGGGAACCCGCGGCCGAUUAUUCGACUCGCGCCGUGUGCCCUCGAUCGAUUCGAUUGAUCUCGCGAGUCGGACCUCGGGAGUGCGGAGUGAAAGUGUCGAAAGGAAUAGAGCGAAAAGAGAAAGAAUAACAGCGAGACGCGGUGGAUUUUCCGAGAGAAAAAGAGACGAGAACAGUGAUAGAAAAAGCGGAGAGCCGGUGGGACAUGAAGUCGUGCCGGCGGCACGGGGGAUCCUCCGCGGAAUCCGGCCGACUUCGCCGAGGAGCGGCUCGCUCCUGCGGUGGCGCGGUGCUCCGGUGAUGAGGAGUGAGCGCGGACGCCGCUCGCCCGUGCGUGUUACGCGCGAAUGGCCAGGAGGACGUUACCAUUCAGCAAGAAGCGCGACAGCAACAGGAACACCAGGAGGCCGCCGGCACCAGCGCCGUGAUGCCGUUCGUGAUUCGAAAGGUGGAGCCGCGGCACCUGUGCCGCGGCCACGUGCCGGCGGGCUCUCAGGGUUGGCCGGUGGGUGCCGAGCUGGAGGCGGAGGCGAACGGCGCCCUCACCAGCUCCCUCAAGCAGCUGGCCUCUCUUCUGACCGCCGCGGAGGACAUCUUCGCGAGCCUCACCGUCGAGCUGGCCCGUGUCACCGACAGGAGUGGCCACCUGCGUCGUAGGAUCGACAAGGUCGAGGAACGAUUGGGCACGGUCGAUCCCAAGAAGAUACCAGUCCCGGAAUCGGAUAUCUGCACUUUCGCGACGAGAACGGAGCAUUUUCACGUCACGAAUAAACCAUCGACGGGACUAUUCACGCCAGAUACGAGGCCGAAGGCGCUGAAGGAGCUGUAUAAGCUCGCUGCCAUAGUCGCCGUUCGAAGUUUGGAUUCCUUGAGGAGGGAUGGCAGCUCGAUGGAUAUGUUCCUUUGCACACCCGUUCUCGGUAAGAGGAGGCGGGACCAAAGCCUCGACAUCGAGUCUAGAGUCCCGGCCGCUAUCGAGGAUCUGCGAAGAUGGACGUCCGCCGAGGCGCUCGGCGACGUCACCGUACCGCCGGACUGCAUGUCCAGGAUCCUGGGCGACACGACCAGCGACGACGCCGUCGAUCACAAGCUACCCAGCCCCGAGGAACAGGUUCAGGCUAUCGCGCUCAAAUUCCCGGCGGAAAUCGUGGCGGUGGAUGUGAGCGGACGAGGUUUCGAAAGAAUGUCGAUGAGAAGGAGGUCCUUGCUGUCAGGACCGGCGGAAACUCAGGAAACGACAGUAAAGAGAAGAUCACGACCACGCAGGCCCAGGGGAAAGAGACGAAACACAAUCGCUGGUACCGAUCAGAAGGAAAUUCGGCAAGCCAUCGGAGGGGAGACAACCGGCGACGAACCCGAGGAGACGAUGCCGAGCGCCACGCCGAGAGCUCAUCGCUCAGCGAGCACGGACAUCCUGGGUUCUACGAAGAAGGACUCGCCCACGGAAAAGAAGUCACACUUCAAUACAUUGAAGGCGUGGGGCAUGUCCCGACUGAAGCUGAUCAGCCCGAAAUCAAGUCAGCAGCAGCAACAGCAAGAAUCGACGGUUGUCGCAUCCAGCACAGAGAGGAGCGAACAGACUCAAGGCCAGACGAGGUCGCCGGAAGAGAUCAACAUCUACGAGACAGUAACGACGAGACGAAGAAGGGACAAGUCGCACGAGAGGAAGCCCAGCUCGUCCAGCUCGAGUGGCAAAAGCACGGCCAGUAUACCGGUGUCGGUGCCGAGUACGGACAAACAGCCGAGCGUGAAAUUGCGCGAGAGCGCCGCCCAGAGGCGAGAGAGACGGAAGGGCAGCAACCGCGACGACGCUCCGCACUCCAGCUCGGGGAACUGGAGCGCUUCGUCCGAAAGCGGAAGGGCCAGCAUCGGCAGCGAGACCACUACCACCACGCAUCAGCCCAGGUCCACGACGACCGCUUCGAUCGGCACGUCCUCCACUUCCUUAAGUCACAUGAGGCGACUCAAAGGAAGGGACACAUCAGCCUCGUCUUCAGUAACGUCCGAGGGUACUUUAACCCCGGAUAUCAUACAAGAUAUCACGGUGGUGCCUUUCACCGACGACGGUGAGACAUCGUCCGUGUAUUCCUGCGAUACGGAGGGGUACUACACUUCGUUUCACAUGGACUCUGGUUUGAAAACACUUCGAGAGGAAGAAUCCAUGCCACAGAGCCCUUUGACAAAGUCCAGUGACAUCGGCUCCGACCCUACCUCGCCGAUCGUCGAGAACGAGUACGAAUUAUUCGGUAGAGGAUCGACUUCUACAACGACUAGUUCAGCUGGGACGGUUUGCACUGCGCUGAUGGCGCCACCACCCCCGGAACGCAAAUCCAGUCUCACGGUUGUUGCUAUGGUCCACGGUCAAAAUCAGAACGGCGGCGAGUCACCGGACAGCGGUCACAACACAUCCUCGUCACCGGUCGAAUCCGCCUCGAGUCCAGCCUGCACCGGCCGAUCGUGCUCUGAAUUCGAGUACUCAGAGUCGAGUGAUCUGGAAGGCUGCGAACGUAUCGAGAGGAUCCGCUCGAAAACGGCGAUCACUAGCAGUCGAAUCCCCUCGAUGUGUGUGAUCACGCCGCCUGGUUCCGACGACGAACACACACGAGAGACGGAACAAAGCGAGAAAAAGAAGAACGAGCCAAGACGGCCCGAUCUACAGAGCGGCGGAUCAGUGUUGAUGUCCGCCACCGUUGGCACCUCCAAGAUGGAGGUGAUCAAUGGCCAGGACAAGAAUCUAUAUGCCACUGUGCAGGUGUUGCCAGCCGCGAGCGGCAACGACAGGCCGAUAACAGCGAGCCAGUCGUCGAUGAAGAUCAGUCCACUUAGCGGCGUCCUGGGUAAGCUUCGUGGUGUGCUUCCAGGUAGGAAGCACCCCACGAAGAACGGCGCUAUGCAGGAGCUGUCGACCGCAGACUCCGGCGACUAUGUGACAAUAGCCGACGUGAGAAACAACAACGACAAGCGUCCGGGUCCACCAUCCUCGUCGUCGUCGUCGUCGUCAUCGGGCAUGACCCCUGUCCGACCUACCGCCACCUACGCUAAUUCCGACAUCUUCAAGAAGGACGCUGAAUACGUGAGUCUGAGCGAGCUGCCGAAGAAGCCGGAUUCCUCGUUGGAAAGGAAGAGGCAAGGCGCUCGCGUCACUUUGGAUUCCGAAGGAAAAGUUGUGUACUCAUCGGAUAGCUUAAAGAGGAGGAAAGGAGCGCACACAACAUUCAAUCCAGGUCCCUUCGUGCGAGAAGGUGUAUCACCCAGCCCGUCGCCGUUGCUGCACCGCGCUAUGCCGAAUAUCCGCGCCGUGCCAAAGAGCGGAGACGCCGUGGACGGUCUCAGCCGGUCCACGCCGCCAACGUCUCCCCAGCUGGGCAAGCUGAUCAUACGGGCAGCGCGGAGUCCGGAUCGCGCGGCCAGUCCGGAUUACGUGCGCACACUGGCGACCGUGGUCGGUCCUACGAGUCCGACCAGUCCGCACAGACAAGUCCGCGGGGCUUACGUCAACGUGCAAGGUGACGAAGACAAUCCUUUACUCAGCAUACCAUCGGAAUCGAUACCGCCGCAGGCGAUAGUCCAACCGCCACCUUACGUCGCUCCACCGCCGCCUGCGGAGGACCGACAGAAGUCACAGAAAUACCAGGAGAUUCUGAAGGACUCGAGUCUGCGAACUUAUCCUGACAAUGAGAAGCAACCGAUCGCGGACCGAAAGCAGAUCUAUUCGCAAGAUAUCUUCGAUCCUCGCCCGAUCCAGCAAUAUGACAGCGGCAAGACUCUCCUCGAACAGGCGCAGGAACAAAUGGCGAACUAUGACUUCCAGCGAGCCGUCAAUUACCAGACAGUGCACAUGCACAAUGCGAAGAACCAGCAACUGUGCUCGCCGGCCAGAAACGUCAACCAGCAGUUCUACACUCUGCCGACGAGGAGACCUCAACGAGAGGUCGACCCGCCACGCAGCGUCACACCGGACAUUACGAGAGGUCUCGGGCGCGGUUCCUUUAGCGGAAUGCACGUGAUGGCGAAGCAGGGCCAGAGGAUAGCAGAGAACGAGCAAACCCGAUAUGGCUCCCAUGUCGACUUAGGAAGGAGGAACUUGGAGCAGCAGGAGGCGCGGGGUAGAUAUGUGCAGAGUCAACCGCAGUCGGUCGUGGAUGUCAGAAACAGGUUCGCAACGCCUUUAAACCUAGCUGCACUCGGAUAUCGAUUCUUCGCAUCCUCGCCCGCCAAUGAUCCUCUUACGAAAUCUCCUAGCGCGGACAUUUUCAAGAAUGAUCCAAUUUCGCCGAUCGGCCCCGGCUACGGUAACGGCUUCAAAUCGUCCACUCCCAUCGGGCGAUCGGCGCCAACCGUAGCGGAACGUCUAGCUCUAACCUCCGCUAAUAAUUGCGCAUCGCCGAGCUCCUCCGGUAGGAGCACUCCUGUCCAGACCUCUUCCGGCAGGAACACACCGACGAAUCUGAUCCUGUCGCCCACCAAGAGCACCAUGUCCAACGAGGAACUGUUCGCCGCGAUUCACAAGUCGAAGAAACGGCUCAACAUCAAACUCAACGACGAUAAUGAAAAUCUGUCGCCUUACGGCUCGAUGAACUCCCUAGUGAAGGCACCGGCUGGCACCAGACACAGUUGGAGCCCGGAAUUUCAGAAAGCUCCAGAGAUACCAACUACUGUCCAGUCGCCUACGUCACGAAUGGACUUUAAGCGUUUGCUCCUUCAGCAGAGCGUGAAGACAGGUCCUAUGCGACGAUCAGCGGCGGAACAAUUACAACUGUCGCGCAAUCAGUGCCAACAGCAGCAGCAACAAUCGUCGCCGAACGCCCAUCAGAGUCCCUUAGCCAAAGUUCUGAGUCCUCGUUCGGUCUGGAGGUUCCAGACGCCGAGAACAGAUGUACUUUCUUCCACCAUAAUCGAAGACACCGCUGCAGAGGAGAAAGCUAUGAAACCUUCGCCAGAGAACACGUCACCUAUCUCAAGACUGAACUUCAGGAGGCAAUUGGACCUCUGCAGCGAUUUACCGACUCAUUUGCGUCUCGCUGAUCGCGAAACGGCAAAUAAGACGCCGACGAACGAACUUGAUACUGAUCUCACGACAAAGCUGCGAAAUCAAAGCGACAAAAUGCAGAAGCUGGUUGCGAGUGUAUCUAAUAAUCCCGAGCGAAUCGCAUCUCCUGCGAAUAGUACGGAGCAAUAUUCGAAGACUGUACCGUCGACCGAAUCGAAAAAUUUAGACCCCGUGACUGCUUUCGAAUCGAGGAGACUUAGCAAUCAAUUGGCGAGAGCGCAGUUCCUGGCAAACGCGCACACAAACACUAACCAGACGCAGAACCAAUACUUCAAGAAGAGAUUUAGAGCGAGAUCGGAAUCACCCCAACACGCUGCGACACAAAACGUUGCCCGUAGCCCGAGUGCACCUACUCUUGAGACCGCUCUGUGAUCUGGGAAUACUCUGUUAACUAGCACGUUCUUGUGCAAUUGUAAACAUUUAGCUAUUCAUUAUUGUGGUGGUUUUGUUCAUUUUAUCUCCCGAAGAUAUAUGAGCACGGUUAUUGCUUAUAAUUCUAGACGCUUUAAAACGAUUUAAUAUUUGUAUAUUUAAUAUAUAUAUGUAUAAUAUCAAAACUAUAUACAAUGGGUAACACCCAUUAUAUAAUAGAUAUUAUAUAUGUAUAUUAAAUAUGAAAGUUUAUAUAAAUUACGUAAAUCGAACUUCGAUGAAUUAAAUAGUAACUUAAUUCAAAAUUAACGUAAACAAUUAUUACAGUCGUGAUGUUUGAGAAGAAGUUAAGAGUUAGUGGCCUAUUUGUAUUAUUUUAACACUCCUCUUUUUGCUGAAAUUUCUAUAAUUUUUCUAUAGUAAUUUUCUAAUCCACCACACUAAUGAAUGGUUAAACAGUAAAAAUUUAUUCCAUGAAGAUCUGAAUUUACUUGGGAGAUUUCGACUUGACGCGACGUAUUCGUCAAUUAUGAGCGGUUUUAAUGGCAACAAGGUAGUGUCACGACUACACCAACUCGCGUCUGCUAAAAGACAAUAAUUCCUAACCGUGAUAUAUGGUAAUAAUGCGGAAAUUAGUAUUACCCAGUAUUGCAGGGCCUCGCGCAUAAAGUAGAAAAACGUUUGGAGCAAAAGCGUCUUAAAUAUAAAUCGCAUUUUAUCGAUUGAAUAUAAGACGAGUCUUAUAACACGCGUUUGAUCAUUGCGUAUUUCUCUCGUGAAUUAUUAUGUAUUAUUAUGUAUCGCUGCUAAAUCUCACAUACGUAACUCAAUCAAAUAAGCAAUAUAAAAAUAAGAUAUUCUCGGCGCCAAUAAUCUCAAAACAUCGCGUGUGCCUAUUUAAUGUAAUUAUUUUAUGAAGAAACACGUUUAUACACAGCGUUUAAGCAAAUUUUAUAUCGAGCUGACGGCAAUUUCCGUCUCAAUAUGAUGAUAUUGUACGUCUCGUAUUUUCUUGUUUUUUAUACCAAUCGAAUUUUCUUCUCAAUGAAGAAAGCAGAUGGAUCUUUGCUCGAUCUCAAUGCUCAUGAUCAGGUUUUUAGAAGUCAGAGGAUGUGAGACGAAUAUUAGCAGUUUUAUAUCGAUGUAUAAACACGCAAAACACACAUUACUCUGAUGCACAAGAUUCAUUCGCAAAACAACACUUGCGAUACGAAGAAGGAACGUAACAAAACUCACGUUCAUAGUUCUAGUAAGAACCUUAUCGUUACCUUAAUUCAAAUCGAAAUAUUAUACAGUAUUUUUAACGAUUUGGGCUAUAUUAAUUUAUUUACGGGAGUUAAGAGAAGCAUAUAAGUAUACACGGAUAAUCGAGAGUCGCGAAGUUAUAUAUACGGUGAACCGUAAAUCGCGUGUCAUAUGUAUAAACAAAUAUGCGAAGCUGUGUGCUGCUACAAAUGAAUGCGUGUUCGAAGUAAACACUGCCAAUAUAUUUUCGAACUGUUAUAUACAUAAUAAAAUAUCUCACUCCCGAUUUUA